GUUCCCUCGAUCAAUGCGUAAACUCCAACCCCAUUCCCUCUCCAAACGUCCCCAUUUUUGUUAACCCCUAUUUCUCUCCAUUGACUCGACUCCAAUCGGAUUCUCCGCCGAAGGCGGUGUCCGGACCCGGCCCAUCAAUGGACGGCCGCCACCUCGAGUCCUCCUCCUCGCUCCCCUUCUCCUACGCCCCCCUCCCCUCCGGCGCAGCCGCCGGCGUCCCCGCCGAGAGGCAUCGGUCCAACACCCGCCUCCUCUUCCUCGCCGCGGUCGUCUUCUGCCUUCUCGUCCUCGCUGCCUUCCUCUCCGGCGAUGGCCGCGACGCCCCUCCCCCCGAUCCCUCAGCCGCUUCCUCCCAUGUCGCAUUCCGCCCUGUCUCCCGCGGCCCCUCCGAUGGCGUCUCCGAGAAGACCUCCGGCGCCUUCCCGACUCUCCUCUCCGCCACCGCUGGUGACUCUGCUGCCGCCCCCCCGCCCUACCCCUGGACCAACGCCAUGCUCGAGUGGCAGCGCACCGGCUUCCAUUUCCAGCCUCCCAAGAACUGGAUGAACGAUCCCAACGGGCCGAUGUGGCACAAGGGGUGGUAUCAUCUCUUCUACCAGUAUAACCCGGACUCCGUGGUGUGGGGGAACAUCACGUGGGGCCACGCCGUGUCACGUGACCUGGUCCACUGGGAGCACCUUCCCCUCGCCAUGGUCCCCGACCGCUGGUACGACCUCAGCGGCGUCUGGACCGGCUCCGCCACCAUCCUCCCGACCGGCCAAAUCAUCAUGCUCUACACCGGUUCGACCAACGAAUCGGCCCAGGUCCAGAACCUGGCCGUGCCAGUCGACCCGUCCGACCCCCUGCUAAAAACCUGGGCCAAGUCCGACUCGAACCCGGUCCUCUUCCCCCCGCCCGGCAUCGGCGCCAGGGACUUCCGUGACCCCACCACCGCCUGGUACGACCCGUCGGACGACACGUGGAAGAUCGCCAUCGGGUCCAAGGAUGGGUCCCACGUGGGUAUCGUGAUCGUGUACAGGACCCGGGAUUUCGUCAGCUACGAGCUCGUGCCGGGGCUGUUACAUAGGGUGCCGGGGACGGGGAUGUGGGAGUGCGUGGAUUUUUUUCCGGUGGCUGCGGCGGAGGGGCCGGAGGCGGCGGAGGGGAUGGACACGUCGGCGGCGGCGGCGGCGGCGGGGCCCGGGGUGAGGCACGUGCUGAAGGCAAGCAUGGACGACGACCGGCACGACUACUAUGCCAUCGGGACGUACGAUGCCGAGACCAACACGUGGCGGCCGGAGGACGAGCGGAUGGACGUGGGGAUUGGCCUGCGGUACGACUGGGGGAAGUUCUACGCGUCCAAGACGUUCUACGACCCGGCGAGGAGGAGAAGGGUGUUGUGGGGUUGGAUCGGCGAGACCGACAGCGAGCGCGCCGAUGUUUUGAAGGGCUGGGCUUCGCUUCAGGCCAUCCCCCGAACGGUGCUUUUUGAUACCAAAACCAGAAGCAACCUGCUCCAAUGGCCUGUGGAGGAGGUGGAGAGAUUAAGGAUGAGCAGCAAGAACUUCAGUGGCAUCGUCAUUGACUCUGGAUCAGUGCUCUCCCUUAACAUCACCAGAGCCACACAGCUAGAUAUAGAGGCUGUAUUUGAGAUUGAGGGGGAAGCAUUGGCAAUGACAGUCGAGGCCGAUGUAGGGUACAACUGCAGCACGAGCGGUGGGGCUGCUGAGAGGGGCAUGCUUGGACCAUUUGGCUUGCUCGUCUUAGCUAAUGAGAGGCUGUCGGAGCAGACUGCAGUCUACUUCUACAUUGCAAGGGGAACAGAUGGCAACCUUCGCACUCAUAUCUGCCAUGAUGAAUUAAGGUCAUCCAGGGCAAAUGACAUUAUCAAGAGAGUAGUCGGGAGCACAGUUCCGGUGCUCGACGGUGAAAGGUUGUCCGUGAGAAUACUGGUGGAUCACUCUAUUGUUGAGAGCUUUGCUCAAGGAGGGAGGACAUGCAUCACCUCUCGCGUCUACCCGACUGAAGCGAUCUACAGUGCAACAAAAGCCUUCCUAUUCAACAAUGGCACCGGUGCUUUAGUGAUUGCAAGAUCUCUCACCAUAUGGGAGAUGGACUCGACAUUCGAUCACCCCUACUCCACCCAAGUGUAGGCAUUAAUUUAUACUCUUGGUCUCCUUUACCCCUCGACCAUAUUAAGUUUUUUUUUUCAUCCAACCCAAUAACCUCUUAUUUCCCAUUUCUGCCCUUUCGAUUAUAUGUAUUUCUACAUCAUUCAUUAUCAAGCUCAUUGUUGAGCUGAGUUCAAUUCCAUUGGAAGGAUGUUUCGAGUAAAUUUUUUUAAGAAAAAAAAUUUUAUCUGUGCGCUC